CAGGUUUUGGCUUUCCAUUUUCCUUCAUCACAUCCAAAACUAUGCGCCAAAGCCAAAAAUCAGUGAGAAAAUAGCCAUGGAAACUCGAAUUGGCAACUCCCUUAGCCUCCUUCUACAAGACCGGAAUGACCUCAAAACAGACUUCAACUCCCUCUUCAACAAUCUCAACACUUCCUUUUUUUCUACCCCAAUUCUACAUCACAAGAACCCCAAAUCAACAAACCAUCGUUUCAGUCCCAAUUUCAAGUUUUGCUCAACUUCUGUUUCAAUUGAAGCACAAAUCAAGAACCCCACUUCGAAUUUUCUAAAACCUGCUACUAGGGACUCCUCAAAAGUUCAGGUUCUGUUCAAGAAUCUUUCUGUUGUUGAAAGAGCACUUAUUGGUGCAGCUGGUGGUGGCAUUGCUGGUGCAUUCACGUAUGUAUGUCUUCUCCCACUUGACACAAUCAAAACUAAGCUUCAAACUAAAGGGGCAUCGGAAAUUUACAGUGGAGCAAUUGAUGCUUUUGUCAAGACUUUUCAAAGUAAGGGGAUUCUUGGGUUUUACAGUGGUAUUUCAGCUGUAAUUGUUGGGUCUACUGCUUCUUCUGCUGUGUAUUUUGGGACUUGUGAGUUUGGAAAGUCAAUCUUGUCGAAAUUUCCGCAAUACCCAUCUGUGCUUAUCCCACCAACAGCUGGUGCAAUGGGGAAUAUAGUCUCAUCUGCUAUAAUGGUGCCGAAGGAGUUGAUUACUCAGAGAAUGCAGUCUGGGGCUAAAGGGAGGUCUUGGCAGGUGUUAAUGGGAAUCUUGGAGAAAGAUGGAAUUUUGGGGUUGUAUGCUGGAUACAGUGCUACAUUGUUGAGGAAUUUGCCUGCUGGGGUUUUGAGUUAUUCAUCAUUUGAGUACUUGAAAGCCGCGGUAUUGAGUAAUGUGAAGAAGGAACGUUUGGAGCCAUUUCAGAGUGUUUGUUGUGGGGCAUUGGCUGGUGCAAUAUCAGCUUCACUAACAACCCCUUUGGAUGUGGUGAAGACUAGGUUGAUGACUCAAGUUCAUUCUGAAGCUGCCAAUAAGGUUGGUGCUGUAAUGGUUACUGGUGUCUCGGCUACUGUUAGACAGAUAUUAACGGAAGAAGGCUGGGUUGGUUUUACGCGGGGAAUGGGUCCUAGAGUACUUCAUAGUGCUUGUUUUUCAGCUCUAGGGUACUUUGCGUUUGAGACCGCUAGGCUUACAAUUUUGGAUCAGUAUCUGAAGCAUAAGGAGCUAGAGACUCUGGUUCCUGAAGAUGAUGCAACCCAGGCCAAUUAGAAUGUAUGAGUAAUGGUUCUUACAUACAGCUGUUAAAGCCUUUUAUGCCUCAAAUGAAGCAGUAGCCCUGUUCGGGACUUCUCUCUUCAGUUAACCAUGCCUGUCAUCGGCAGCAAGAAUCCUACCUUGUAAUUCCUGUAACUAGUUCAGAGACUUGGUCAUUUUAUGUCAAUGAAUA